AUGGUUGCGAGACAAGGCGGUGAAGCAUACAAGUGUGGUGGCAGGGUGAAGCAAGGUCCCUCCCUCCCUACUUGGGUCCUGCUGCCGCUGGCUUUCCGGGCUUCCGCCCUCAGCCAACAGGCCGCAAAACUAGACGUCUCCAAAGUCCUUGCCUACAUCAUCUGCGUCCACGUCACUGAUUCAGACAGAUACGUCUGCGAGACAUUUCUCUCUCAAAUGUUACCCCAAAAGCAACUUCCCAUACAGAUCCAGCACCCUUGCGCAUUGCAUCAUCUCGGCGCCGCUGAGCCCAAGGUGCCUGCGACAGGCAUCAGGCUAAUCCAUCUCGUCGAGCACGGUGAGGGAGGCCCUGCCAUCCUCCGUCGUCUGCCGUACCGGGAUCUGACGGAUGCAGCAGCAGCAGCAGCAGCAAAACCCAUGACUUAUUGUACCGACAUGGCAGGCGAAUGCACUGCAUGA